AUCCGCUUGACGUUCAAUCUGCACGGUAGAAUCGGUGUCGGUGCACCCUGCCUUGGUUGGCAAUGAAACCUGCUGGAUACUGUAUCUGAAAAACAUCGACAUCUGGCAUAGAGGGCCGAAGAAAACAUUAAAGAGUGUUUCAUGGAAUCUGAAGUCAAUGCAACCUCCCAAGCUCGUGCGUCGUUUCUUGGAAAUUUCGCAUUUCAUCUCUCAUCACGGAGCCCAUUAAACUCGUAAACACACAGGAGCUGACUUCCAGAGGAAAACCUCACAUCCUUCCCUUAAUCCGGAAAUCCAGCGACAUUGCUCAAACAAAACAUGGCUGUCAGCUACAUGUUGGGAAUUUUAGUAGCUAGCUUGAUGUGUUUGAUUAUUGUUCCCAAAUGCGAUGCAUGGGGACUGAUGGGUUUGUUUAAAUUAGCCUCGCCUAGUGAAAUUUGUUACAAGAAGUACGGAUGUUUUAGCACUGAAAAACCGUUCACUAACACAAAAGGCAUCCUACCCGAGAAACCCCCGUCCAUGGGGGUGCGGUUUUUGUUGUACACUCGAAAAAAUCCCAGAAAAGCUAAGAAACUCAAAAGAUGCGGGAAAAGAGAGGAUCUUUUGGACGAGAAAUUUCCAAAACCUACUAAAAUGAUAAUUCAUGGUUAUGUGGACAAAGGCCGCAAAGACUGGGUGAGAAGAAUGACCAGGGAAAUCAUAAAAAAUGCUGACGUGAACGUUAUAGUCAUUGACUGGAGACGCGGCGCCAUGACCUUGAACUACCUCCAAGCCGCCGCCAACACGAGGCUGGUGGGGGCUAUAGCUGCCGUCAUGGUGGAGAAGCUGAACCACACCUACAACAUCCAGCCGUCUAUGAUUCACAUCAUAGGGCACAGCUUAGGGGCACAUAUUGCAGGUUAUAUUGGAGAACGCGUACCAAGAAUAGCCCGUAUAACGGGGCUGGAUCCAGCAGGUCCUGCUUUUGAAGAUACGGAUUCAGAAGUCCGUCUAGAUUCUUCAGAUGCUGACUUUGUUGACGUCAUCCACACUGAUGCUGACUCUCUUGUCAAUACAGAUAUGCAGCCAGGAUUUGGGACGAAACAACCAAUGGGAGACAUGGAUUUCUACCCCAAUAACGGCAACAAUCAACCGGGGUGCGCCAAUUCUAUCGGGGAUAACUUAAUGAAGUUUUUCUCAGGAAAUAGUGAUUUCGUGGGAUUGGUUACUUGCAACCACAUACGAGUUUUACGACUGUUCACCGAGUCCAUCAACACUCCUUGUCAGUUUCAUUCUUACCCAUGCGCACUGGAACAUUUAGGAAGCGCCAAAUGUGACGUGUGCGGAGCUCGUGGAUGUGCCGUUAUGGGAUAUCACGCACAAAUGAAUAGAAAUAGAACAGGAACGUACAAUAUACCAACGAGUGAUAGAUCGCCUUUCUGUUUGGAGUAAAAAUUACAGUCGUUAAAAAUAAUCUAAGAUAGGGUUACAUGCGUCUGAGCAAAUCACCCAAGUCGGAUGAUGAAUAAAAAUCUAAAAAAAAUUAAAUAAAUAAAUUUGCUUUGAAAAAAUAAAUAAGCGUGGUGAAAGAACUAACGUGAUAUUUUCUUUUAUUAUACUUUCAGUCUUUUUAUACGCUUCGCGUCGGUUGACAAUGGUUUUUUUCAGGGUGUCAAUUUCAAUUGUCACCCUCCCAAACAGGCACUAUUUAUAUAAUAUUGUCUAAAAAAAAUUCUAUCUCGCUUGUUGAUGCAAGGGGUCGAGAGGACCUUUUUCAUUCAUUGACGUUUUUAAUUUUUUAAAAUCUUU